CUUGCGAGAAACAAGUUCCGUUUCUUGAGAUCUCAUGUUAGACCCAGCCAAGAGAAAAGUCGUUUCUUUUUCAUUCUUAUCUCUGCCUCUCUCCUCUUUUUCUAUAUAUAAAACCCUUCAUUCCUUCCCUGAAAACGCCAUCUUUUCCAAAAGGACAACAUUUCUUUUCUCUAUCUCUCUCUCUCUCUCUCUCUCUCUCUCUCUUUCUCUUGCACGAAAGAGAGAGAACCCAGAAAAAAUACAAAAAGAAAAACCAACAAGAAGGACCGAAUAUAUCUCUGUUAGUUUUCAAAAGGCAAAAUGUUUGAUGGUCUGUUUAAACCCAAAUUCUACACGAAAUGCAAGUACUUGGUCAAGAUAACGAAAACAAGAGUGGAGACGGUGAAGAGAAAGAAAAACUCUGUUUGCAAAUAUUUGAAGAAGGACAUUGUCGAUCUUCUCAACAACAGCCUCGAUUACAAUGCAUACGGCAGGGCAGAAGGACUUAUUGAGGAGAAAAGAAGGUUGUCCUGUUAUGAAUUGUUGGAGCAAUUCUGCGUAUGUGUUGCAUCCAAUGUUUCUCUCUUACAGAAAUCCAAUAAAUGCCCUGAGGAGUGUCGGGAGGCCAUCUCUUCCCUUGUGUAUGCGGCCGCUAGAGUCUCUGAAGUGCCUGAGCUUCGCGAUCUCAGGUCUAUGUUUGCUGACAGAUACGGGACUAAUUCACUUGAACAGUUUGUGAACCCUGAGUUUGUGGAGAGCUUCAAAGCGGCGCCCCCGUCAAAGGAAAUGAAGGUAACGCUUCUCCACGAUAUUGCCAUAGAAUACUCCAUCAAAUGGGACGCCAAGUCUUUAGAGCAGAGGCUCUACACACCACCUGCUGCUGCUGAAGAGCCGCAAAAACAAAAAUUAACAAAGCAAAAUAAUCCUGUAAAGACGACUGAAAACAGAGGCAGCCUUUCGUUUCAUGGCAGAAAAGACUCUUUGGAUAGCAAGUCCAUGAGUAGAAGAAGCGAAGACGACUCCGUGGGUACAAGCGAGAGUUAUGUCUCUGGCCCUGAGGAGGAGGAGGAUGAUCCAGAAAACAAACCUUUCUACUACAGAUUCUUCAUGCCUGCGUCUAAUUACAACAACAACGACAAACCCAAAAUCGAGAAACAGGAAAGCCUUCCGGAGAAGAUAACCAAAUCUGAUCUCAUGCCAGACCACAAUGACGACUCUCCUAGUGCGGGGAGACCAAAGCCGAGAUCAGUGAGAAGAAGAUUAGCGAACCCGCCUCCCCAAGAAGCGCCUGGUGAAGAUUCGGUGAGUAGUAAGAACAUGAGGUCAGAGUCGAUGGAGAAAGCAAGCGGUGAGGGGGUACGGAGGAUGUGUCGUCGAACAGCUUCGUGGCAGCCUAACCCCUCCAACAACGUCCCAGAUUUUGACGAGGUCGCGGCUCGUGUAGAUGCUCUCACACGAAACUGAUCUUCUACUACUACAGUAAUUUAGUUAUGCAUGCAUGCGUCAAUUGUGAUUAGAGAUAUUGAUAUCGUUGUCUGUGAAUGAAUGAAUGAAUUCCACUAUUCUCUGUUAACCUACAAGACAAGCCGCCAUGUUAAUCCUAAAGUGUGUGAAGUGUGAUAAUGAUACAAAACCUUAGCUUUUUUCUUGUUAUUUGAACCUUUUUGUUUACAAAUUAACCUGUAAAACCUUAUACAUAUUUUCAUUGAAUUUUUUUUUU